CCCGUCGCCCUGUCCCGUGAAGUAGCAACUAGUGCGCAUCAUGUCCGAGACAAAGUCUCAGUCGGGCUCAACGGAGAAGGUGGCUACGUCCUCCGUAAACGACAUACCCAAGGAAUCAACAGACGAGAUUGAUCUCCUUGCAUAUCACGAACACAAUGCCGGUCGACUGGUUGUCGAUCCAGAGGAGGCCAAGAUCGAAUUCGGCGAGGAAGUCGCGAGCAAGCUGAAGCUCUCAAAGGACGGAACAAAGGUCCUUUGGCCACAACCCACCGAUGAUCCAGAAGAUCCGCAGAACUGGUCGGAUUUCCGUAAGAAUUUGCAGCUCUUUAUCAUCACACUUGCUGCGAUCAUCCCCGACUUCAAUUCUGGAAUCGGUAUUGCGGACAUCUUCGCGCUGGCUACUCAGUAUGACACCACUACGGGGGUUAUCAACAACCUGACCUCGAACUGGAGCAUAUUUUUACUCGGAUGGGGCGGCUUAUUCGCGGUGAUGCUCAUGAGGCGAUACGGUCGACUCCCGGUACUCUUCUGGUCUCAGGUGUUGGCCCUCGGAUUCCUGGUUGGAUGCACGUUCGCGCCGAAUCUGGCGACCUUCGCAGGCAUGCGGUGUUUGACUGCAUUCUUUGCAACGUGUCCACAGGUCACUGGCCUAUACAUCGUCACAGAUUUGUUCCCCUUCCAUCUCCAAGCAAGGAAGCUGAAUAUCUGGACGAUGGGUUUCAUCAUCUCGCCCUUCAUUUCUCCAUUUGCCUUCGGAUUUUUGGUUGCGAGGGCCAGCUGGCGAUGGACGUAUGGCAUCGGUUGCUUGUACAAUGCUGUGGUCCUUACAUUGAUCGUUCUUUUGGCUGAGGAGACGUUGUACGAUCGCAAGCUCUCCAACCCACGCCCGAUCCCUCGACCAUCGUACCUCCGCUAUCGUAUUGAGACUCUCAUCGGUAUCACCGGCUUCAAGAUGGCAAAGUACCGCUCGACCUGGAAGGAUGUCACCUCGAUCUGGUUCAAGCUGGUUUGGAGGCCUCAACUGCUUAGCAUCCUCUGCUUUGAAGCCGUUGUUUUCGGCUUUAGUAUUGGCAUCAACACAACGAACGCCGUCUUCCUCGGCUCGCCCCCGCCCGUCGGCUUUGGCUUCGGACCGUUUGCCGUCGCUGGAGGUUAUGGCACUCCCAUUGUGGCAGUCCUCAUUGGCGAGCUCUUGGGUCGGUUCUUUAACGACUGGGUCAUGAACCUUUCGAUUCGCAGGAACAAAGGUGUCUUUGAGGCCGAAGCUCGUCUUUGGGCUUGUUACAUCGCCGUUCCACUUUACAUCUGCGGCUUCGUCGUCCUCGGUGCCGCGUUCCAAAAGCACCUGAGUGUCGGUGCACUUGUGAUGGGAUGGGGCAUCGCUGAAGUGGCCGUCAUGGUCAACACCGUCGCUGUCUAUGCCUACGUGAACGACUGCUUCCCGACCCUGCAAGGAGAGAUCUCUGCGCUAGUCAACCUCUUCCGAACACUCGGCGGCUUCAGUGUCGCAUUCUUCCAGGUGCCGUGGGCAACCAAGAAUGGCGCAUUGCAGACAUUCGGUGUCGAAGCCGCCAUCGUUGCGGCUCUGUUCUUGUUGGUUGUCCCUGCCCUGCAAUUGAAGGGCAGAGAACUCAGGAAACGAUUCUCAUUCUGAUAGUGCUUCAUGAGCAGUUUCUUACGAUUGUUACGCGUAUAUAUGUAUCCGUCAUGAUGUGUUUAUGUUGUCCAGAGAUGACCUCGUACACUUAAUAAGACUACAAUU